CUCGAUGCCCUGCCUCCAAAUUCAAAUGUUCGAGAACGGGCGAGAGCCGCGGCGGUUCCCGUCAUGCACUCCCCCACCAGCGGGAAACAAAAAUGGCGAACGUGCCGAGGAGAAAAUGAGCCGUUUGUUCCGUGAGGAAGGCGCCGGCCCAGCACGCUCACAGGCUGCGCCUCGGUAGUAACCCUGCGGCAGGAGGGGAAGGAGCACGGCGCCGUUCCCACUCAGAAGUUUAGUCUUUUGAGUCAUUUGUAGAAGCGGAGGUUACCGAAUGAGAGACUCGGGGGUGUCCGACCACCUUCCCCUCCACCAUCACCCCGAGCAGCAGGCUGCACCCUGUUCACCCAGCAGCCUCUCUGCUAGUGGGGACCAUGAGCAGGACAGCAUGGCUGCCAGGUUCAUAGAGGGACAGGAUGUGCUGGCCAGGUGGUCCGAUGGCUUGUUCUACUUGGGGACAAUCACGAAGAUCGAUCCGGAGAAGCAGCGGUGCUUUGUGGUUUUUGAAGAUCGGUCCAAGUCGUGGGUUCUGUGGAAGAACAUCCAGACGGGGGAUGAAGAUGAUGAGGAUGAUGAAGAUGAUGACAUGGUGUGUUCUAUAUGCCUGGAGGAAACCUCAGAAGAACCCAACGAGAUUGUCAUCUGUGACAAAUGUGGACAAGGCUACCAUCAGAUGUGCCACAACCCCAUCAUCGACGCUGCCGUCAUCGACUCUGAUGACAAGUGGCUGUGCUCAGAAUGUGAACUCUCCUCUCUACCAAAGGAGGCCGUGGGCUGGAUUAGGAUUAAGUGACCCAGCUGAUGGAUCUCCUUCUCUAACCAGCAACCACAAGCCUGUCCUGUGGGACUUCUAUCAUCUCCUCAUGUCUGUGGUGUCUCUGGAGGAGCAGAUGGAAACCGCAUCUCCUGUAACUUAUGAACCGAAGCUUCCUCCUAGUUCCUCUUGAAGUUGAGUUUAACAUAAACGUGUCAUCAUGUAAGAAAAGAAUAAAAAGCAACAAGAACGUCUAUUUCCUGUUUCUCCUCGACUCGCUCCGUCUCACCAACCUCUCCGUGUCCCUAAAUAGAGACAGAUGAUUAGGUGCCGCCGCCGCCGCUCACCCCGACACCAGAUCUCCUGACACCACAGCACUCGGUCUGUCUGACCCGACUGAACCGGAGUUUUUAAGCAAUUCCAGGAGGAAUAAUA